AUGUGCCUCGCAGCAGAUGCCAAAAGAGUAACACUGACAAUAGACUCCAAGCUAGUAGCAAGUCAAUUCAGCGGAGAGUACGAGGCCAAAGAACCUUCAAUGGUAAAAUACCUGGAAAAGUUGAGGUCAGUGUCGGCUCAGCUAGAGAAAUUCAGCAUUAAUCUGGUACCCCGGGAAGAAAAUACGCUGGCAGAUGCGCUAUCAAAGUUAGCAAGUUCGAAUAUCGCCGACUUGAAAAGAAAAGUCAUGAUGGAAGUCAUGAAUAAGCGAAGUACGGAGUCGGAAGAACUACGGGUCAUGGCCAUCACAACUACUUCAGAAUGGUACGAUAGUAUCCAAACAUACAUACAGACUGGAGCCCUACCAGCAGAUUUGGCAGAGGCCAAAAAGACAAAAAGGGACGCGGUUUGGUACAUCAUCCUGUGGGGACGGCUGUACAAAAAGUCAUUUAGCCUGCCAUUCUUAAGGUGCCAGACAGCAUUCGAGUCAGCAAGUGAUAUGGUUGAUAUUGCAGCUAAUGUAGAGAGAGUGGUACUGCUCCGAGAAGCGAAGAAUGUUGGGUAUAAAAGGAGGAAUGAAAACCAGAGUCAAGGAGGAGCAAAGAAGCCUAACCAAGGCUAUCAGGGAAACCAAAGGAGGAACGAUGUUGGAAACAAAGGACAAGGUUAUCGUGGAAACCAGAAUAAUAGGGCGCAAGAAUGUGCCAAAUGUGGGAGAAGAGGCCACAUCGAGAGUGAAUGCCGUGUAGGAUCAAACACAUGUUUUCGAUGUGGGAGCCAUGAUCAUUACAUCAGAGAUUGUCCGAAGCAGAACCAUUUAUAA